AGAGAGAGAGAGAGAGAGACCCAAGUGCACCCAAAAAGCGCGCGAAAUGCCAGAGCUACCGGAGGUGGAGGCGGCCCGGAGGGCCAUACAGGACAACUGCGUCGGGAAGAAGAUCACGAAAGCGAUCGUCGCCGACGACUCCAAAGUCAUCGACGGAGUCUCGCGCGCGGACUUCGAGGCAUCGCUAUUGGGGAAGACCAUCAUCUCCGCCCACCGUAAGGGCAAGAACAUGUGGCUCCAACUCGACUCCCCUCCUUUCCCUUCCUUCCAAUUCGGGAUGGCGGGUGCGGUGUAUAUUAAAGGGGUUGCGGUCACCAAAUACAAGAGAUCUGCUGUUAAGGACACUGAUGAGUGGCCGUCCAAAUACUCCAAGGUUUUUGUCCAACUGGAUGACGGUCUGGAGUUCUCAUUCACUGACAAAAGGCGAUUUGCAAAAGUGCGCCUGCUCAAAGAUCCAACUUCUGUGCCCCCCAUAUCUGAGCUUGGGCCUGAUGCUCUCUUGGAGCCAAUGACUGUCGAUGUACUAUUUGCAUCAUUAAGCAAGAAGAAAAUAUCAAUUAAGGCUCUAUUGCUUGAUCAGAGCUUUAUAUCAGGAAUUGGCAAUUGGGUUGCUGAUGAAGUACUAUACCAAGCAAGAAUUCAUCCGGAGCAAAGUUCUGCCACCCUGUCCAAAGAAUGUGUCGAAGCUUUACACAAAAGCAUCAAAGAGGUCAUUGAAAAAUCAGUUGAAGUUGGAGCAGAUAGUGAUCAAUUUCCUAGUAAUUGGAUUUUUCAUUCCCGUGAAAAGAAACCGGGAAAUGUGUUGGUUGAUGGGAAGAAAAUUGAUUUUAUCACAGUUGGUGGCAGGACUUCAGCGUUUGUACCAGAGCUUCAGAAGUUAACUGGAAAUCAAGCUGCCAAUGCAGAAAGUAAAAGAACUAGUAAGCGUGUAGAUGAUGUUGAUGAAGAAGCAAGUGAUAAAGAAGUCAAGGGAACUGCCAAAUCUAGGAAAGGGAGGAAGCCUGGAGGUCAGGCCAAGAGGUCUACAGUGAAAAGAAAAUCAAAAGGCAGUGAUGAAGACAAUGACAAUGAUGAUUCCACUGAUGAUGUCGAUCAUGAUGACAAUGAUGAUUCUGCUGAUGAAGAUAUGAAGAACAGAACAAGAAAGGUGACAACUAAUAAGCAAUCCAAAGCAGAGAUGACAUCUAAGAAAAAGAAGCAGACCAGUCAAAAUGCCAAACCUAAGAAGAGAGCGAAGUAG